UUAUUGUAGUUGGUAUUCUAUCACCGAGGAGCAGCACAAGAAAGAAAGAAAAAUAAUUUUCUCAUCCCCCAAACAGGUGUGGAAGGAAAAUGAGUAGUAGUACUAGUAUCUGCUUGAAUUCGUUAAUUCCGUUGGAAAUUCGCGCCAAUAGUUGUCGUUCCCAUCUGGGCAUCUCCAUUCUCAAAACCAGAGAAACAAAGUUAUCAACAGUCUCCUGCACUCGUCUUCACAAUUCUCAAAUAACAACCCCCACCACCACCUCAAAUCAACAGCAGCAGCUCAACCUCUCUGUCCUCCGCUUCACUCUCGGAAUUCCUGGACUGGACGAGUCAUAUUUACCCAGAUGGAUUGGGUAUGUUUUUGGUGCGCUUUUGCUCCUGAACCAUUUCGUGGGCUCGGAUUCAACCACCGCCACUCCAGCACAAUUUAGGUCAGAGGCUCUUGGUCUUUCUUUGGCUGGAUUCUCUAUCGUUCUUCCCUAUCUCGGAAAAUUUCUCAAGGGUGCAACUCCAGUGGAUCAAACAACUGUCCCUGAAAGUGCUGUGCAAAUCUUUGUCAUGUCACAGAAUGUUACAGAUAAUGUCAGGGAGGAUUUGGCUUGGGGAACAUAUGUUCUAUUGCGCAAUACAAACACCAUAUCUGUGCUUAUAUCGCUUCAAGAUGCAUUAUGUGUACGUGGCUACUGGAACACACCUGAAGAUGUAUCAAAAGGUGAUGCCCUUGAUUGGUUUCAAAAACAGAUUCAACGGAUUGGCCUCUCUGAUUUAAAGGACACCCUUUAUUUUCCUCAGAGUGCAGACCCUGAACUUUGGGAGAUGCUACCGAAAGGGACUCGUUCUCUACUAGUACAACCAGUGCCACACACUCCGAAAGGCAAUGCUAAUCAGAGUGUAGCUGAAGAUUUACGGAUACUGAAACUGUGUUGGGGAUGUAAGUCAGGACAUCAACUUCACGUCUCUAUUGUAACUGAAGCUUGGCUUAAGCUUUCCCGACAUUGUCUUUCUCUCCUCCAUAUUGUCAGCCCUCGAACUAUACUGUUGUUUCCUACUACACUAGGCUGAGGUUGCUAGCACGAGUUUCAUGAUUCUCUGAACACAGGUUUUACUUGUUUGAUUUCCAUGAUUAUGUCACUUACGUUGAUGGUCUAAUCAUCGUGAAGGUAGCACUGUGACUCCUGAGUACAUCAACAUAAUUUCUUUUUAGCUUCAUGAAAUCAAGCUGUAAACUCAACACUUCUAGAAAAUUAUCCUGGAGCUUUCUUACUUUUGUCCUUGUUAAGGUUGCAAUUUUGUUCUUCAUAUGCAAGACUUCUCUAAACAGCUUCCCAUCUUAUUGUAAGCCUUAAAAAUGUUAUAAUGCAUAAUCCCUGAAAGAAGUAGUUAUUUUUGCAUGGUUUCUUGAAGAUCUUAGUGUCCGACUGACAAUGACAUCUUCCUCUUGUUAGAGUUCUACAGUAAUUAUUAGAACUGUUUUUUCUGGCAAAUGCCAUGAAAUGGAAAGUCAUGGCAGACAUCAAUGUUCCAUGGCUUUCAUAGUGAUACAACAAU